AAACCCCCAAUAAAAGAAAAUGGCGGAAGCGGUAUUUGCCUGAGUUGUCAUAUCAAUCAAUAUUUUGAAUCAUUGUUUUUAAUGUUUGUUGACAUAAAUAAAGGGUAAUAAUGUCUUCAACGGAGCCCUCACAGAACAAAACAUGGGAACUUUCCCUUUACGAACUUCACCGAACGCCUCAGGAAGUAAUCACGGACGCAACAGAGAUCGCAGUAUCCCCGCGUAGUUUGCAUAGCGAAUUGAUGUGUCCAAUUUGUUUGGAUAUGCUGAAAAAGACGAUGACCACAAAGGAAUGCCUUCACAGGUUUUGUUCUGAUUGUAUCAUAACCGCUUUGCGGUCUGGCAACAAAGAAUGUCCGACUUGUCGAAAGAAAUUGGUAUCAAAACGUUCUCUUAGACCAGAUCCAAACUUCGAUCUGCUCAUAUCAAAAAUUUAUCCUAGCAGAGAUGAAUAUGAGGCUCACCAGGAGCGUGUGCUAGCUAAAAUAAAUAUGUCUCACUCUCAGGCCUCCUUGGUAAAUUCUAUCACAGAGGGCAUAAAGUUACAGUCACAGAAUAGGCCUCAAAGGUCAAGAAAGAAUCAAGAAGAGAACAGCAACAAUAAUAGCAACGCAUCAAAUUCAAAUGGCAAUGUUGACACUGCUCAGAACGGCAGUACAUCAACGAACAGGGAGGGCUCAGCAUCUACUGGGAACCCGACACCUCCCGGUCAGUCAACAUCAAAUCCCGCAUCUGUACGAAGCACACCUUCCCCAGUGCCUUCCAAUUUGAGUUCUGUGUCAAAAAACACAAGUACAACCAAGCGGGCCAAAUCAGUUUUGACUUCAGAAAGAAGUGAGGAAAGUGAAUCUAGUGAUGGCAGAACUGAAGGUGAGAACUCCAUGGAUACAGAAGGUGAGGGGGAAGUUCUGAAUCCCAAUGAAAUUGAACUGGUGUUCAAACCGCACCCUACAGAGAUGACCGGAGAUAAUCAGCUGAUGCGGGCCCUGAGAGACAGCUCUGUACGAUACUUGAAGACUACUGCUAAUGCAUCUGUGGAUCAUCUGAGCAAAUACCUAGCCAUGCGUCUCACCCUGGACCUAGAUGCUGAAUUGCCGGAAGCUUACCGGCUGCUAAACUUCUGCAUCUACGUGGCCCCGUCACCAGGACAGUUUGUGCCUCUCGCUGGCUCACAGACUUUGAGGCAGAUCAAUGAUAAAUACUGGAAAGUAAACAAACCCCUGGAAAUGUAUUACUCCUGGAAGAAAACCUAGGAGUAACUUGUUAGUUGCAAGUUGCAGCUAAAGUGAUACAGUAUUUAAGAAUAUAUAAUAUAUCAUAAGUUUUAUGUGAGACAUGGACUCUUAUGUGAUAAUGUAUAUCAUAGGUGUAAGUGUAAUUAAUGAAACAAUUAAAUAUAUGUUAUUUGAAUUUUAUGAAUGAAUGCUGGUGUAAAUUUUUAUUAUAUUUUGAAUUUUCUCGAUACAAUACUUUAAAUUUGUAUUAUUUCAUUUCUAAAUAUUAAGUUUUUUAUUGUCAAAAGAUUAAAUGUCAUUGUUCUGAAUGUAAAUAGGGAAAUUCGAUUUAUUUUUUUAUAAGUAUAUAGUAUGAUUUGUAAUAAUAAGUGGAAUUAAUGUUUUAUCAUUGAACAUGCAUACCUUUUACUCUAAUGUAAAAUUUUUAUGAAUUAGAAAUGUACAUUAAUGUGCAAUUAAAUGGAAUUCUAAAUU